GGAGGGGCCCACGGCCCAGCCCUGCAGCUCAGCUGGACCGGGGCCGCGCUGCUGGAACCGCCCCCGCGCCGGGGCCGCUUCUCUCGGCCCGCCCGCCCGCUGCUGCGUGCGCGGGGAGCGGCAGUGCGGUGGGGCUGCUGGUACCGGCGGGAUGUUCAGCUGGAUGGGCAAGCAGGGCGGCGGCCGGGAACGCGGCGGUGCCGGCGACGUGGUCCAGACGGUGACCGGGGGGCUGCGGGAUCUCUACAUCCGCAAGCUGCUGCCGCUGGAGGAGCACUACCGCUUCCAUGAGUUCCACUCGCCCGCUCUGGAAGAGGCCGACUUCGAGAACAAGCCCAUGGUGCUGCUGGUGGGGCAGUACAGCACCGGAAAAACCACCUUCAUCCGGUACCUGCUUGAACAAGACUUUCCAGGGAUGCGGAUUGGUCCAGAGCCUACCACGGAUUCUUUUAUUGCUGUGAUGUAUGGAGAUUCAGAAGGAAACAUUCCUGGGAAUGCCCUGGUUGUUGAUCCUAAGAAGCCAUUCCGCAAGCUCAGCCGCUUUGGAAAUGCUUUCCUCAACAGAUUCAUGUGUUCUCAGCUACCUAACCAGGUGCUGAAGAGCAUCAGUAUCAUUGACAGCCCUGGCAUUCUCUCUGGAGAGAAGCAGCGCAUCAGCAGAGGCUACGACUUCUGCCAAGUUCUCCAGUGGUUUGCUGAGAGAGUCGACCGCAUCAUCCUCCUUUUUGAUGCCCACAAACUGGACAUAUCAGAUGAAUUUUCAGAGGCUAUCAAGUCAUUCCGGGGCCAGGACGACAAGAUUCGAGUGGUGCUUAAUAAAGCUGACCAAGUGGACACACAGCAGCUGAUGAGGGUCUAUGGGGCACUCAUGUGGUCUCUGGGAAAGGUGAUCAACACUCCAGAGGUGCUGCGGGUCUACAUUGGCUCCUUCUGGGCCCAUCCUCUCCGAAACACAGAGAAUCGAAGACUCUUUGAAGCUGAAGCACAGGAUCUUUUCCAGGAUAUCCAGAGCCUCCCCCAGAAGGCUGCUGUGCGGAAGCUCAAUGAUCUCAUUAAGAGGGCGAGGCUUGCAAAGGUUCAUGCUUAUAUCAUCAGCUAUCUCAAAAAAGAAAUGCCCUCUGUAUUUGGGAAAGAGAAUAAGAAGAAGGAACUGAUCAACAAAUUACCAGAGAUCUACAUCGAGCUGCAAAGGGAAUACCAUAUCUCAGCAGGUGACUUCCCUGAAGUCAAGAAAAUGCAGGAGCUGUUGGAGAAUUGUGACUUCACUAAGUUUCAUUCUUUGAAACCAAAGCUGAUUGAAGCUGUGGAUAACAUGCUGGCCAAUAAAAUUGCUUCACUGAUGAGUCUGAUUAGGCAGGAAGAGAGCAAUAUGCCCACAGAGAUGGUACAUGGUGGAGCAUUUGAUGGCACCAUGGCAGGACCUUUUGGGCAAGGAUACGGAGAAGGUGCCAAGGAAGGAGCUGAUGAAGAGGAAUGGGUUGUUGCCAAAGAUAAGCCUGCUUAUGAUGAGAUUUUCUACACCCUGUCACCAAUCAAUGGGAAAAUAUCAGGGAUUAGUGCAAAGAAGGAGAUGGUGACUUCUAAGCUACCCAACAGUGUUUUGGGGAAGAUCUGGAAACUUGCAGACUGUGAUGGCGAUGGUAUGCUGGAUGAUGAGGAGUUUGCUUUGGCAAAACAUCUCAUCAAGAUUAAACUGGAUGGGUAUGAACUGCCUGGCACGCUACCUCCCCACCUGGUGCCACCAUCUCAUAGGAAACCUCUUCAGACAGCAGAGUGAAAAAUACAAGAAGAAUGAGGAGUUUGGGAAUCUUUCACCAAAUGCAUUGAAGCCACCAACAUUUGAAAAUAGGCUUAGAUCCUUAAACCUCACAGCACAUUUCAUGCAAGUUACUGAAAUUAGAAGCAUGGUAGCAGGGAAAUACUCAUUUAGAUGUCCCUGCUGCCCUUCACCCAGACAUGCUUAUCUCAAGUGCCUUGUAUUAUUGUAAGGUGAAAAUGUUUUUGUAGUCCUGCUUCCAUGUCUUGCUGCCUUUGCAACCAUAAAGCAGAAAAGGCCACGCAUAAAAAUCACUGACCUUCACCAAACCUCAAUACUUAGCAACCAUAAGUUUCUCUGGAGUAUUUUAAAUAGCCUAAGGAAGCUCUAAAUAUUUAAUUCACCUCCCUAUGCAGGGAAAAUUUUCUGUGCUAAAAGCAUAGUAUAGGCAUCGAGUGAAUGUCAGCACAUCUGUAGUCUAAGAAAAGGCCAAUUAUAAAAGGAAUUUUUUUUUCUUUAUUUAAUAGGAUGUUACAGAAAUAGAGAAGAGUCAUGAGGGAAGUCCUUUAAGUGGACAGAAUACAAGCAGACUUGUUUUAAAACCUCACUGAUUGUAGCUAGGACUGCAAAAUAUUAAAAUGUUUCUUAAAGUUUGUCAUUGUGUCUUGUUAUCUGAAGAUGUGCUUCUUCAGUUUUAUACAGCACUAUAUAGUUAGUAUUAUCAUUAGAAGAAAUAUAUCUCCUCUGUUCCUUGGUGCUGAAGUUUCCUUUGUUUCUUUAGCUGCUCUGCAGGCAAUGAAUUCCUGAAUUGUUCAAAUUGACAGCAGAAUGUUUUCAGAAAGUUAAAAAAAAAAAAAUAUCACAUUUCCAUUAAGAUCAAUCCUCAUUUUCAGGUGAGAAAAGGUGCAUUGCUCAAAAUUGGCCUCUUCAAAGCACAUGGAAUUGUCUCUGGAAGCUUUCAUUAGUAUUUGAUGUCUGUUUACAGAUAAUUAUACAGUUAUUUGUAUGGGUUUUGGAUAUAGAAUAUUUUAAAGAAAUUUUUAAAAUUCUUUCUUUUUCCAACAUGUAGCUGACAGCUAUAAAUUCAGUUCCUGAGGUGGCAGAUUUGAAAGCUGGGCAGACUAAUGGGAAUCUUUACAUUUCUUGUGAUGAAUCAUAACCUGGUCCUUCCAGAUACUAUUCUAUUACUGAAAACAAUUCAUCAAAGAAAUGCCUGCUUAAUAAACAUUCUCUAACAACACAAUCAAAAUUAAACAUGCUGGCUGCUUACAACUGUAUUUAUCAGUACCUUAGGAGAACACAAAUUCUUGGUCCUGUGAACUUGAGUCUUCUAGGGAGGGCCUUUUUUUUCCUUUUUCUGAGAUCAAACUUGGAGGUCAGUUUUAAUCUGUGUAACUGAGCAGAAAUUGACUUGUAUUCAUUUGUAGUAUGAAACACACUGCACACAAAGGCACUGGAGUUUGGAGUUCUUUGGCUCACAAGAAGUGGGAGCAGUAAAACCUUCUGAGGCAGAGCAAGCAAAAAAGUGUUUUAGCAUCUUUCAGUAGGGGGAAGGAGGGAGGGAAGUAGUUUGAGUAUUGUCUCCCAGUUAGGAUUUUAGUCCCACUUAAUGGUCAGAUUUGUACAUGAUCUAAGAAGAGCCUCAACCACUUUUUUUCACAUUGUACAUUUCUAGGUUGUCAGUGAAGUUUAAUACUUCAGAUCUUUCCAGACCUCCUGUCUUUCUGUACCUGUUCUAUUCUGAUUUGAAAUCAUUAUAAUGAACUUUGCCAGGACUCUACCAUGGGAAAACAAUGAAGCUAUUUUAAAUAAUGGCAGAAAAACACCUUUAACUUGCCAGGCUUCUGGACCUGUAUCAAGGAUGUCCUGGCAUAGUUAAAUUUUCUUGAGUAUUUACUUGCUUUUUAAUUUAAUUUUAGGUUUUUCUUUUUUUUCCAACUAUAUUUGUUAGACCUAAAUUAGGAACCAAGUUACCCUUAGGACAUCUCUCUGCACUUCAGUAGAGCUGUGAAACUUGACUGUGAGUCAAGCGUGUGACUCUGCAGAGUAACUGAUUUUUCUGUGUAAUUUAUUUUUGAUUGAACAAGAAGUAAUCUAUAGAGAUUGUAGGAGUUGUUUGAAAAAGAAAAUGCAGAUUGCAAAAGUAAUAAUAUAUUCUUGUUAAUGAAUCCAUACACUAAUGACCAACUAGCUUGGUAAGAAAAGCCACCAGGACAAAGAAAGCAAAGUUGUGUAUCCUAACUACUGUAGUGUGGGCAAAGCUGACAGGAUUGGGAAGUUGCUGUCUUCUGACUGCUUUACCUUGCUCUUUCACAGCACAUGGUCCCAGGAGUGGACUGAUGUUUGAGGUCCCACUAGCCCAGAGGUGAUGCUCCAAAUGCACUGGAGCCAUGUGAUCCCAUGCCAGUAGGAAUAUCCUGCUCCUCUCACUGAAGUGUAGUUUCUUGGUUAUUUUAAUUUAUUUUUCUAGCUUUAGUGAUGGUAAAAUAGAGAACACAGCCUUUUCUUCAGUCUCCAUGGCAGUGUAGUAACUCAGACUUAUGGGAGACAAAUGAAAAUGCUUUAUUUUGGUAAGUCAAAAGAUUUUUUUUGUCUAGAUGGAGUUGGAAUGUUUGACUUUGUUUUCCUGUAGAAUUCAGAAGAGAAAAGCACAAAGCAUGUAUAGGAGUAGAGGUGGAUUCUCAGUGUUUCUUUGGAGGAAUAGAAGGGUUUCAGGAUGGGUACACAGUGCUACAUGCAGAGAUGUGUUUGCAGUGUGCUACCAUCCUAAUUAGUCAAUAGGAAUAAAGUACAUUUCAUGUGGACAUUAAACAGCAGUUUCUUGCACAGCUAAACUGGUGUAUAGUAGGUUGCUGUUGCUCUUCUCACUACCUCCUCACAGUCCCAUGGACCUGCUCCCUUUUGCCUUGCUGGUUCUCUGGCUUGUUAUAUCCUGCAAGCCCAUUGAGUUGGUUAAAUCACCCACCCAGCAGUUGGGUUGAUGCUCUGUGAAGUUAGUGAGUCCAUGCAUUAGGAUCAUGAGAAAAGAGCAGGAUUACCUUCUCAUGAAAUGUGCUGUAAGUAGUUAUUGGGGGACAGCCAGCAUGAGGUGACCUUUAGUGCUCAGUUUCAUGUUACUAAAAUCUGCUGAAGAAAGACUUAAGGAGU